AUGGGAAGCACCGACAUCGUUCGAGAAGAAGGAGGAGGAACACUUCGACUAUAUAGGGAGCUAAAUCAAGUCACCAUCAAGAACCGGUAUCCAUUGCCAAGGCUCGAUGACUUAUCAGGAGAAGCACGAAGGACACUUUCGGAUGAAGUGGUUAAGUUCUUGGGGCACGUGGUAUCCAAGGAUGGAAUCGAGGUCAAAGCAAUACUGGAUUGGAAGCAGCCGCUAGAAGUCGACGCUGCCAAUGUUUUAUUUUCCCGAGACUGCAAAGGUUCUUUCAAUGCCUUUGCAAAUACUGAAGAGUAUCGUAGGGCUUGCUUACUGAUGUCCAAUGAAGAGCUUAUGCCUUACGAUUAUAAAGGAUGGACCCAUUGUUUCCUACUUUUGGAAAUAGAUUUAAUAUCGAGGAGCAUGAGGGUUCAACAAAGAUGUAUUAGGAAUGCUUGUGGAAUGCUAGUUCGCAUGACGAUUUGGUAG